UCACAAAAGGAGCUCAGAUAGCUAAAUAGUGUAAGGUGUAGAUUCAUUCCCGAGAGCUUGGAUUGCAUGUACACUGUCCCUUUCAAGAGUUAUUUUAGCCUCUUAGUCAAUUCUAUUCUCCCUAUUCCAAAUUGUGGACUAACAUUUCUCUGGAUUUGUCAUAACAGACUGUAGUUUUAUCUAAAUACCUGUAUUGCUUUUGCCAGUAAAUUCACUGUUGUUCAUGGAUUCUUUUGCUCACAAUCCCCUUACGAGAAUACCCAAAUCUCGUUCUUCUCACGUUAUUCAGAGGCCACGUCCAUGUUUUGGAAAAACUAUUCAUUUCAGCCACUCAAAACAUAAGGAUGUACCGAACUAUUCCUUUUUAAGAAGAAGAAUAAGAAUCAGAGCUGGACUAGAAGAAAUUAUUCAUAACCAGGUAUUAAUAUCUGCAAGUGUGGCCGGUUUCGGCAGUCAGCUAUUGAAACCACUUGUGCCUGCUGCGCUGGGAAGAGGUUUCAAUUGGGAGUUGGUUUUAACUUCUGGCGGCAUGCCUUCCAGUCAUUCUUCUAGUGUUGUGGCCGCUGCAACUGCCAUUGGUUUAGAGAGGGGGUUCUCAGAUUCUUUGUUUGGAUUCUCGGUUGUGAUUGCAGGAAUUAUCAUGUAUGACUCUCAGGGGGUUAGAAGGGCAGUUGGAAAGCAUGCUGAAGUGAUCAAUAUGAUGAUAAUAUCUGACACAGCCAAUUAUGCUUGCAACCGCAACAAUCAAAUUUCUUCAGUAAAUGAUGGGGACCAAGUAUUAGAUUCAGUGAAAAGGGAGCUUAACUCAGUACAAGCACUGGAACCUUCUGUAUCUGCAUCUCUUAAUAGCGUAGCGAGGGCCGAAAGCAUCAGAUUGGUCCAAGACAUUAUGAGAGAAAAAAGUAUACCAAGUGCAGGCUCUCCUAAAUUUAGUUCUAGCACUGAAGGUUUUCAAGUUUGUGAGACAGAACGCACAGUCUCUUCCUUUGAGCAAGUUGACAAUGUGGAACAUAAUGAAUCUGAUCCUAGAGAAUGGGAGCAAGUAGCACCUUGGAGGAACACUCCAUUGAAGGAAUCUAUUGGCCACACUAAAGCUGAAGUUUUGGGAGGAGCACUAUUUGGGGUGAUUGUAACUUUGGGACUCCAUUCAAUAAUGCAACAAUUGUAAUUCUUAUUGCCUCAAAGUCAUGCAAAUUACAGAAUAUACUUUAUUGUGUACGGUGUGGUUUCAUCUACUGGCAUAAAGUUGCAGUACUAAACUGCUUCAUGGAAGUUAUAAAUGUCUGCAAUAGUCAUUGCUUCAAGAGCAAUUUUGUUUAGGCUACUCCCAAAUUUGGUUUUGCUUCUGGUCUUCAUGUAUUUUUGGGAUCUGGAUGAAUUAUCAACCCAGAAUAAUUACUGUUAACAAAUUUCACUAAAAUUACCUUUAUUGUGGCCACC